ACCAGUUCUCGAGUGGGUCGCUGCGCCAAAUGACUAUGUUAUAUCGUGAUCGCGGUUUCACAAGUUGCCGCACCGCGCCCAAAGUGUGCUGCGCAACGAAGACGGGCUUUGAUCCCCGCGUCAUACAAUUAUGGGCAGAUAGACACACCGUCAUCGUGCCCCAUUGAACAAGUCAAACAUGUCUUCUACCUCCGCCAAUGCACCUGCUUGUCCCGAGGGCUCUUACACAAAGAUGCUUGAGGCACAGAAGGACGUCAAAACCAUAGAGGACGUGCCUACGUACGGCGACGACAAACGGCGUUCCCUUCCGCCUGCCUACGCUGCGGCCAGCGGAAGCGGCCCUGUCUCUGAGCCCGCAAAGACUGUUGAUUCACCCAUGCCAGAGCUGUGGAUCUUCUGGUUUGGCUUCAUUUGUCCGCUACUCUGGUUCGUCGGCGCGGGCAUGUGGUUCAAACGCCGCAGGACGUCCGUCCUCAUUGCCAAUGUAGAGGUGGUAGUGUCUUCUGUGGACGCCGAGUCAUCAGGAUCCCGCGUUAUUGUGCUCACCAAGGAGCAAGUCGAACGUUGUGCUGUGCAACACCGGAGCGCUCUCAAGUGGGGUGUUGCCUGCGUGUGCAUGGCCGCCGUUAGCUUGGCCCUCGCGAUAGCGCUGGCUGGCUGGAUUAGCUACUCUAUCUAUGACACUUACUGAAUGCUUCAGCCUGCUCAUGCUGAACGAUGUACAUGUAUUAACAUUGGACAUUUCGGGGCCGUCGCUAGUAUCCAACACCUUACUUACUCUAUCUUAUCAUUAUAUCCUUACUCUUACAGAUUACAAUCCCUCACGAACAAUGACAUAUACAUGCGUAUCAGAUUCGAAACUCAC